UAUAAUAUAUGCACACAGAAGCAUGAUAGCACUUUGGGGUAUUUAAUUAUUAAAAGUUUGUGGGAGCAUAUAUUCUUUGCAAGAAGAAUAUAUUUGGGUCUGAUCAGAUCAAUAUUCUUGGUCAUUAGGAGAUGUUAUAAUUCAUAGAGAAAUUAAUUUAAGAAAAAUGGAAGAGAAAGCUUCAUCAUCAAGUGCUGCUAGCAGGCCAACGAUAUCGUUCCCUCUUGGCAUAGCUCUUCUGGUGACUAUGUUGCUCUUAGUUACUGCCAUCUUCUUGUGCUGCCUAUACUGGGAUAGCCUCCGAUCCUUCCUCUUCUCUACUUCUAAUAUUUCUAAUCAACAGCACAACGAUAGUAUUACCGAUCCUAUUUCACAAGAUUUCCCGCACGAGAAGUCUAUUCCUCCUCGUCAUAUGGUGGGGAAGCAAAAUGAUCACACGAAAAGCGUGACCGUGGUGAUGCCCGGCGAUGACGUGCCGAAGUUCAUAGGGAUGGCUUGUCCUUGUACGCCUCAGGUGCCGGAGAAGAUCACGGUUGUGGUGCACAAAACUUCUGAUAAUUAGUGCGAUGAGUUGAUACACUUUGGACGUCCAAGUGCUGAUACUAGUAAAGUAAUUAGUAUAAAUAUAUACACCAUGAGUUCUUGUGAAAAUUAUUUGUUAGAUCAGCGAUGUUGUAUAUUUGAUUGUAAUUAACUUAGUAUAGGGGUGCAUAGACUGAGAGAGAAAUUAAGAUGUUUUUGAGAGGUUGGGGUGCUCAUGAGCAAAAGUUCGAUGAUAUUAAUCACUGGAA